AUGCCGAGGUGCUCCCUGCCUGUGGAACGUCCACUGCAAAGCCUCAGAAUGCAGCCGGGCUGCAGGGAACCCAAGGCCACGUCAGCUUGCCACUGCGUUCCACGCUGCCCGCCUGCAGAUCCAGUGGGGGAAACUUUAUUCAAAGACGGCAAGAGCCAGGCGUGGGGAUCCCUCAACCCGGGCGUGCAGAAAGGCAGUGGGCAGAUCCAGCUGUGGCAAUUCCUGCUGGAGCUGCUCUCGGACCGGGCCAACCUCAACUGCAUUGCCUGGGAGGGCACCAACGGAGAGUUCAAGCUGAUCGACCCUGAUGAGGUGGCGCGGCGCUGGGGCGAGCGGAAGAGCAAGCCCAACAUGAAUUAUGACAAGCUGAGCCGGGCGCUGCGCUACUACUAUGACAAGAACAUCAUGACCAAGGUGCACGGCAAGCGCUACGCCUACAAGUUCGACUUCCAUGGGCUGGCGCAGGUCUGUCAACCGACUGCCCCUGAUCACACCCUCUACAAAUUCCAGGGCAAUCUGGCCCCACUGCCCUUCUCAGGCAUCUCCAAACUCAACCUCAUGACCUCCGGGGUGACGCCGGCUGGUUUCUCCUACUGGCCUGGCUCCAGUCCAUCUCUCUAUCCCGGGCACAGCCUCCAGCCCUCGGCCCCGUUCAGCGCCAUGGCAGCCUCCCACCUCAACAACAUGAACAACCACUACCAUUAAGGCUUGGCA